AUUUUUGCGCGAAGGUGCAGAGCUUGGCGGACUGCCGGAGGAGAGCUGUGUGAGCGGAGGGCUGCGCUACCAUCCUGACCCAGGCACUUCACGUGAUAUCUGUGAUAACAACUGCUGAAAUGGCAAGUGGAGAACUGCAGAUUAAGGAGCUUGACAGGCGGACUUCAGGUGAAGCCUUUGAGGUCAUCCUGAGCCCAGCAACCCCAGAUGCCAAGAGCAAUUUGCUGUUGUCCCCCUCCAGGAGAAAGGAAACGACCCUGGAGGAGAUUCAGGAGAAACUGGACGCUGCAGAAGGGAGGCGCAAGAAAGCCAUGGAGGACAAAACCACCUCCAGCAAGAUGGAACGGGCUGAGAAGAUGAAGGCCAACAAGGAGAACCGCACUGCACAAAUGGCAGCAUUCAGUGAGAAAUUGAAGGAGAAGGAAAAGAGGAUUGAAGAAAUUCAGAAGAACAGGAAGAAGACAAAAGGAGAUAUGUGAUUUGUUUGUAAUCAUUUAAAACAUUUUCUUGCAUGUCCAAAGAUAUAUUUUUUUGUUCACUGAUGUUCACACAGUAAAAUAUUUGUCAUAUUAGUUUAGAUUAUGUUGUCCAAGUGUUCAGUGGUACCCAAAGUUAUUUCAGCUGAUGGUAAUAAUGAGAUGCAUGUUUUGUGGUAAGAGCUGUUUUUCCUGUAAGGAAGCAUGCCAGUAACAAUUUGGCCCUUAAUAUUGUAACAAUAAAAUGCAACUCAGUUUUUAUAAAAUGCAAUAAAGAUACUGUUCU